GCACUUCGUAGACGGAGGUUUUUUAUUUAUUCAAAAAAAAUGGGCAUUCGGCACCUGGAAACAUUUGUUCGCAGAGAAGUCCGUGGCGGUGUGUAUAAAGUGAAUAUGGAACGGGAAAUAAGAUCGUACGCCGAAGCUCAUAAUGGAAUGAAACCGAUCAUCGUGUUUGAUCUUAUGGCGCUCUACCGACCUUUUACCUUUGCCGAUUUGCCUGGUUUUCUGUGCGGAAUUCGCUUCAACUGGUCAUAUCGGUACAUGGAACGUUUUUUUCAGCGUCUCAAAGAGGCUGGUGCUGAGUUGGUCUUCUUUUACGAUGGCCCAGUUCAGGAGAUGAAAUAUGACACCUGGAUACAAAGACAGGAUGAAAAAUAUGCCAAAAUGAUAGAGAUAUUCGACAGCAUUGACCAACAAAUAAGUGUCAAAGAAAUUUUGAAAAGAUUUGGUGCACGUCUUCCCAGUUGUACUUUUCUCCCAUUAGUAAAACUGGCCAAGAAACAUGGAAAUGUUCACGUUACGUUCUCACAGGAAUGUGAUCAGGCGUUGGCCAUAUACGCUAGUCAAGUGAAGGCAUUAGCAAUCGUUUCGAACGAUACUGAUUUCUUGAUAUUUAAAGGGUUCUGGCGUUACUGGUCUUCGGAUAUCAAUUUUGAAACAUUAACUACGUACGAAUAUAAUCGCCCGCUAGUGGUUAGAACGUUGGGUUUGACUUUUUAUCAAAUGAGACUGUUAGCUACACUAGGCGGAAAUGAUAUCGUUCACUACGAAGAAGUUUUAGAGUUCCAUCAGAAAAUCGCUCCAAAUUACAAGAAAUUUCAUGCUAUAGCACAAUUUGUGAGGGAUCGGAACUAUCAACUGAACAACUACAAGGACCCAUCCGUUUUUCGAACAUUACUUGAUGAUGUCUUUGACAGACAACAAUUAAAUGAGGAUUUAAUCAAACGGUUUCGUCAAAGCUUAGAUUUCUACGAUACAGAAAGCCCUCCUCCAUGCAUAAAUCCUUCGAAUGAUGCUAUUAUAAACUUGUUACUGCAGGAGGAAAAUACGUUUGCCUAUCAAAUUAUGACAAACCAUCCGUACAACGUGACUACAUUCUUCACCGAUAUGCGGGACACAAAUGUUGGAGGACGAUUUGUCGACCUAGUGAUUCCCAUACACGCGCGGAAAGCGGGUAUAAUAAUUUAUCACCGUCAAGCAGAGAGAGAUAAUACAAUCAAACUAGUAGCUAAAUUAUCACACAACGCAUCUCACUCCUUACAAACGGUCCCCAUACAAUUUCCAGACAGAAUAACAGUUCCACCAUUACUUGAUUUGUACUCGAAACGAGAUGAUAUUCAAAAAAGUCUGGUCAACACUAAGUGGCAGUUGUUCAGUUGGAUAUGCUCCGAUAGACUGGACCCAAGUCUACUAACACCAAUUCCGGAUGUACUUCGUCCGACAGUUGUUGCCUUGUUUUACCUUAUGGAGAAAAAUAUAAUUCAACUUUUCGAGGCAGAUCUGUUGCUACAGAUAAGCUACGACGUUACUUUUAAAACGUAUGAUAUUGACGAGGUGCAAUAUCCUGAUGUUCUGGAAGAACGGCCAUUUCGAUUGACAUUUUUGUGGUGCAAAAUCUACUCAUAUUUUUCAAAAGCUCUAAGAGUGGUAGGAUUAAACAACGAAAACCCUUUGACUCCUUUCGAUGGGGUACUAUUUCACUCUCUGUACGGUAGCUGGCAGAAACAAACUAAACUUUCCGAGCAGGUUAAACCGUGGAGAAUCUACGAACGUUUGUUUUUAGCGACCUCCAGUUGAGCAACAUCGCCAAUACAUCUAUUUGCCGGCAACGGAAGAUAAAAUUGAAGGUGCUUCAAAAACGAAUGUGGCCAUUUGAUAAACAAUUCAUUUGUGAAAAAAUCUUCUAGUAAUAUGGGCUCCCCUUCUACCCAAAACCCCCUUUCUCCAGAUACAGAUUCAAUAUAUGUUUGUUUUUUAUUUAAACUUUCGUAAAAGAAAAAUAGGAAGUGUGAUGUUCAAGCAUGUUAUAAUUUGUGAUAAAUAAUAAAAAAAAAAUUUAGGACCUAACCGGAAGCGUUUUAUUUAUCUUUCUGAUUGAAGCAUACUUAUACAAAAAACGAUCAUUUACCUUAUUCUUUGAAUAGAGCAUGUUCGGGUGAAUUUUUAUUCGAACUUGGUCUCAAUUAUGAAAAUUAUGAACAUCUCAGAGAAACAUCAAAGGUCUAACGUUUUAAGUAAUCGAUGAGUAUGAUACACUGAUUCUAAGUUAUUAAUCGGAAAAUUGGCUGGUGACAUCAUUCUCUUCAGUGACCCGGAACUAUAGGGUUUCUUCUUCUUCUUCUUUUACCAACACAGCCAAAACAUGUAAGCAUCCUGGAAAAUGUAAAGACUUGCGUCCUUCAUUUUUCUUUUCAACAUUAUCUCUGAUACUUACAUAAAACAUGCAUUGCAGAUAUACUACGCACGGCCAACCAUGUGGUAAAUACCGCAAAAGAUACUGGAAAAAAGCGAGGAAUAAAGCGUGGAGUUCUCUACCAAACGCUUCAUAUGGUAAAUGAUCCUAUACUUACAACAUAAUUUGAAAAUUGCUACAAGAAUCUCGAUACAUUGUGUAAGAAAAUUAUACAAUAAAAACGUUUAAAGUAGUAGAAAAGGUUGGAUCUCAGCAAAAAGACUUUGUUGUUUUCAACUAGAAAUGUCUUAUUCUGUAGUCUGGACCGACUGAAAUUUAGACAUCAGUGAUUUAGAUUCCUUCUGAACUUCCUCAACCAGGUGCAUGCUGGAACAAAUCACACAUCACUCCGGGAAGUUCCUCCGAUCAUUUAUUCAAUCAUUCUCACUUUUUUAUUUCUAAAAUUUCUAGUUUAACUUUAAAUUAAUUUAAAAAAAAUUAUGGACGAAAACAAAAACGCGUGCUUUGCCCAAAAGUCAUGGCUUACACCUCCCGGAACAAUAGGAUUUCUUUCAAUAAAAAAUUGAAACCAUCUGACAUUUAAGUGUCUUAGCUGCAUGUAUUGUCUAUUUCGAUAUGUUAAUCACAGAGUGGGAAGGAAUAAAUUAGAAUAAUAAAAAAAAAAAACAAAAUCAGUCAAUACUUUCAAAGAUUCUUCAAAAGUUCAAAAUCGUCACGUACCCAGUUCUUCGUCGGCUUGGCUUAAAGUCCUCAGGGCAAUAUUCUCUCCGGGAGUGGAAAACCUUUGCCUCCUCCGGAACCCACCUGAUUUAAAGCAAACCGUUCGAAAUAAGCACAUGAUCAAACAACUGGUUCCCAGAAGGCUUGCAAUGAUAGUUACCAGUGUUAGAGAACUGGCGUACAGCGUAUCGGAAAUGGCUGUUGAAUCGAUCGUUGACUGACUUACUGAGGACGAUCGGACAAGGGAUCGUUUCAGUUUAAACUUAUGCACUUUGGUUGGUAGCAGCUCUGCUACGUAGAUAUCAUCCCCGCUUGGGCUGACGGCCAACUCGUGGGGAUUGUUGAACGCCCCCGGUUGGCUGGGGCUAUUUGGAUGAAACUUCGCUACCACUUCGUUAUGGUUCAUAGAAAGUAGGAAUCCAGUUACCGGGACCGGAAGGGUUCCCAAAGGUGGUCCAUUAAUCACGUAGAACAUCCCCCCAUCCAAAGGCACAUACUUCACGCUGAAAAGUCGAUGACCUAUUUCCGGACUGCUGUACAUCGAGUGAAACGUACCGUUCGUAGCAUGGAAGCACUGUAUUCGACCCUGUUCACGAUCAGCCACGCACAGCAAACCUUUAUCUGCCGCAUAGGUCAAGGCGUGUGGAAUGGCGAAGAAACUUUCCGGCACCGGUCCGUCGGGCAUCAGGAAGGUCCGGGUCAAUACGAAAGAAUUCUUGCCCCAACUCAUCAACAAGGUACCAUCGGAAGCGUACUUCAUCACCCGACCAUUGCAGUAACCAUCGGCGACGAAAAAGUCUCCACUGUCCAGCACCGCGACCGAGGUGGGUUUACAGAAAUGGUGUCGAUCGCUGCCCGGCUCGAAGCGGAUCCCCAGGGUUAGCGAGGGUUCGGUCGUGGACAGUUUUGGGUUGAAUUUGAACACCUGAUGCAUGGCGACAUCCGUUAGCCAGAAGUUGUCGUGACGAUCGAUCGUCAAUCCGUGGGGCAUGUAGAAUCUAAAAAAAUAGGAAGAAUGAUAAAAAAAUGACCUAAAUGACAUAAACACAAAAAUCAAGAAAUGUAACAAGGAAAGAAAAUAGAUUUUGUUUAAUUUAAUUUAUUUUAUAAGAGAGGCUUGCUUGGUAGAUUCGCCUCUUUAAGAAAAUAGAAAAUUACAAAAUAAAGAAAAAAUAAGAAAUUAAACAAAUAUACCUACAAAAAUGGCAAUCGACAAAAUAAUUGGCAAUUGUAACAAAAAUAUCAAGAUUAUG